ACAGUUGUUUCCAAAGGACACAGAGGAGGAAAAAGCAACAGUAUUCAUAGGGAGCCAAGUGCGGACCGACCUGCAACGAUUCCUUAAUAUAGUAUAAAGAAAACGCCGAGGACCGUCUAUUACACACCUAUAAUUGUAGUAUUAGACAAAUUUGUAUUACUUAUGACGGUAAGGAUAGUCGGUUACUGGGGUUUUCGUUGAGUGAAGAGAGAGUGCAGAGGUUGUGAGUAGAAGCGCUCGAGAGCUCCGCGGUGGAAGCGGGAAGCGCGCGCCGCUGUAGGGCUGAUGCGCGCGCCCUGUCCGUCAGCAGCGGCCCGCCAUGGCGGAGACCAAGAUCAUCUAUCACCUCGACGAGCAGGAGACUCCCUAUCUCAUCAAACUGGCCAUACCCGCCGAAAACGUCACCCUCGCCGACUUCAAAAAUGUCCUCAAUAAACCCAACUAUAAAUUUUUCUUCAAAUCCAUGGACGAUGAUUUCGGGGUGGUGAAGGAAGAGAUAUCUGACGACAAUGCCAAGCUACCUUGCUUCAAUGGACGUGUUGUGUCAUGGCUGGUUUCCGCAGACGGCUCUCAUGGUUCUGACUGUGGUUCCGUAUGCGCAGACGCUCAAGCUGAGCUGCCGCCCACUCUGGAGAGGACAGGAGGCAUCGGAGACUCCAGACCGCCUUCCUUCCACGCGAAUGCUGCUGGGAGUCAAGAUGACCUGGGCAAUGACACAGAGCGUGAGGUGGGUCCAUCGCUGCGGAGAGACAGAGACAAAGAAAGGGAGAGAGAGAAGCCUCGUAGGAAAGACACACAUGACCACGGAGGCAGGUUGAACGGACAUUCUCGGCCGGAGCGCAAACCGGGCGCCACUGGUUACGAGAGCUCUUCAACUCUGAUGAGCAGUGAGCUGGACACCACCAGCUUCUUCGACUCAGAAGAGGACGAUUCCGCAAGCAGGUUUAGCAGCUCUACGGAGCAGAGCACAUCAUCACGGCUCAUGAGACGCCACCGUCGCCACAGACGAAAACCCAAAGCGCCCAAGAUGGAGAGGUCCUCGUCGUUCAGCAGUAUAACUGAUUCCACCAUGUCUCUGAACAUUAUAACUGUCACAUUAAACAUGGAGAAGUAUAAUUUCCUGGGCAUCAGUAUAGUGGGGCAGAGUAAUGAAAAGGGUGAUGGAGGCAUCUACAUCGGCUCUAUCAUGAAGGGUGGUGCGGUGGCUGCUGAUGGGCGCAUCGAACCUGGCGACAUGCUUCUGCAGGUGAACGAUAUAAAUUUUGAGAACAUGAGUAAUGACGAUGCAGUGAGGGUGCUGCGAGAAAUAGUCCAUAAACCCGGCCCCAUCACGCUGACUGUUGCAAAAUGCUGGGAUCCAAACCCCCGUAGUUGUUUCACCCUCCCACGAAGUGAGCCGAUCCGUCCCAUAGACCCUGCUGCCUGGGUGACUCACACCGCCGCUAUGACGGGGGCGUACCCAGUGUACGGUAUGAGCCCUUCCAUGAGCACAAUCACCUCCACCAGCUCCUCCAUCACAAGCUCCAUUCCAGAGACCGAACGCUUUGAGGAAUUCCAUCUGUCCAUUCAUAGUGACAUGGCAACCGUUGCCAAAGCGCUGGCCUCACCAGAGUCAGGACUGGAGGUGCGAGACAGGAUGUGGUUGAAGAUCACCAUUCCCAAUGCUUUCAUAGGUUCAGAUGUGGUCGACUGGCUCUAUCAUCACGUGGAAGGCUUCACUGACCGGCGAGAAGCACGCAAAUAUGCCAGCAACCUGCUGAAAGCUGGAUACAUCCGCCACACAGUCAAUAAAAUCACCUUCUCUGAGCAGUGCUAUUACAUCUUUGGUGAUCUCUGUGGCAAUAUGGCCAGUCUCACCUUGCAUGAUCAUGACGGUUCUAGUGGGGCGUCUGACCAGGACACUCUUGCACCGUUGCCCCAUCCUGGGGUAGCUCCCUGGCCUCUGCCUUUCCCUUAUCAGUACCCCAUCCCUCAUCCGUACAAUCCUCAUCCUGUGCACGAUCCCAGUUACAACCUUACUGCAGGGGGAGGAAGUGCCGGCAGCCCGCACAGCGAAGGCAGUCGUAGCAGUGGCUCAAAUCGCGGCGCAAGCAAAAACGAGACCAACGCAGCGGCUGGAGCGCCGGAGUCCGGAGCCAGAUCUGGGGGCAGCGGGAGCGAGUCCGAGAAAAGAGAUAAAGCUCCCAGCGAGCGCUCAGCGGUGCCCGCUAGCGAACACAGCGUCCGUAGCACACACACCAUCCGGAGCAUUCACAGCACACACUCUCACGCCCAGAGUAUGGUAUGCGGGCCGCCCGGUCUCCUGCCACAGACACCCGUAACAGCAGCACCUGGCUCGCCUCCCGGGCGGGACCUGUCUUCAGUCCCCCCUGAACUCACAGUGUCACGUCAGUCUUUCCGCAUGGCAAUGGGAAACCCCAGUGAGUUCUUCGUUGAUGUCAUGUGAGGUGAUUCAGGUGACGCUGAGGGGACGACUCGCAGACUCGGGACACUGUGAAAUAAAGUUUGAAAGAUCAGAGAAGCAACAUAAGGAGGAAAGGAGCGUGAUGGGUGUCCCUCCUAUUGUCCCUCCUGUGUCCUGUGGCUGGUAGUUUCUUCAGUGAAGAAGACUGGAACAGAUGGAACGCUUAUGUAUCCCAUGAUGCUCUCUGAGACUGGAGGCCUCUGAUUAAAGAUGCAGUGUGUAUGAGAUGCAGUGACGGAGUAAGAGCGAAGCUUUUUUUUAUGUACUUUUUAUGUACUUUACCUGCAUUUUCAUAUUUUGACCAAUUUAUUAACCUCAGGCUAAACCCUGUUUUUUAACUAAAAUCAGAAAAAUAACAGGGGAAGAGAAAACAUGAGACAUGGGAUGGAGGUGUGGUUGCUUUAUCUGUUCCCAUUCAUCUUUUGCUUCUUAAAGGAUGUACCUGAAUCAUUUUUUAAUAAUGAAAAAACAAAGUAUCAAAAGAUCAACUUUUUGACCAUGAUUUUAUAUUUAUGUCUGUUGUUUUAUUAUUUCUGCUAACAAAUGUAGAGAGUGAGAGUUGAAGAGAGAGUUUACAGACAGGACUUUUCAAGUCUGCUUUGCUCUUUGAGUUAAUUGAAUUUAUCAAACAUUCUUUAUAUUCUGAUUAAAGACAACAUGAAAUUGUAUUUCUUUCUUAAGUAAUGUUAAUGUCAUUGUUAAACAGUUUUUUUUCAAGAAUGCAAGCCAAAAUACAGCCUAAUGGUUGUAAGUCAAUUCCCAUCCUAGACCACGCAAAAAACUCCCAAAUUUAGCACUUAUUAGGAAUUAUUAACCAAUAGCAAUAUAGCACUUGAUUUCCUUGUUAUUGUUUAACAUCAAUUUCAACUUAGGUGACAUCAGCUGAAAAAAAAGAGGGAGAAAGUUAUUGCCAUAAUCAAUUUCAUAAAAGAUUAUUUCUAAAAACAAAUGACACAAAAUGUCAUGUUGUCUUUAAAGAAUAUCUUAUAUUGGGAGAUGUCCAGUCCUGUACUGUUAUUCUCUAUAUUAACCUGUAUUACUGCUGCUGAAGUUCAGUAAGAGUAUCGAGGUUUGAAAUGGAUCUGUAACAUUUUAACAUUUAAAAUAUGAUCCAGCACACACACAUGAAUGAAUACGAUGCACUAGAACAGAGCUCUCUUUACUCUCUCACUCCUCUCUGAACAACACAGUACUUAUUAUGUUCAUGUUUUGUCAUCAUUAACUAUCAGCACUCUUUGUACUCAGUCGUCUGUUUGUUUCUUCCUUAUUUCAGAUACAUUUAUUACAUUUUUAAUUACUGGAAACAGAUUUAACAGUGUUUAAUGCUUCAGUUUCAUACCCACUGUAUACCGUUUUAUGACUAAACAAAUUGUUUUAUUUAUAAAUAUAG